CGGAAACAAAUAAAAAAGAAUCGUAUAAUUUAAAACCUUAUAACCUAACAUCAAAAUAAAAAAUCUUGGCCUUUCCUGCGCUGCGUUGCAUGCUGUUCCUAAUUUUCGCGACUGAUUUACCCCGGAAGAUUGUUUAUUUGACAUUUUCAUGCCGAUCUCCUUUUCUCAUUUAACGUCUGCGAUGUUGAAGAAAGUCUCUGCACUUGUCCAAACCCUCAAAAGAAAAGUAUUCGAAGAAGAAGAUUAUGAUUCCGAUGAAGAUUCCCACAAUCACGUUCAGAACCAUGAUGGUUGUGAUCCCAUGCACUUUUGUGGCGAGUAUGAUUGUCCAAUCACCACCAUUUUACACGCUGAUGAUGCAGACAGAUUUCUGAAAACGUUGAAGUGGCCAGUAGACCACCAAGGCCAAACAUCAUGGACAUUGCACAUCAGAUGCUUAAUGAAAUUCCUUAACUUCAAUGCAGUGAAAUGCAUAAUCAAAGUUGCGAAUCACAUUGAUUUUAAUGCAGUUCAUCCCGAUUUUGGGUUGGCCCCACUGCAUUUGGCAGUUUGGAGAUCUUGUCUUCCAUUGGUUGAGUUAUUCCUAAAGCACAAUGCUCCUACAGAUUUCAGGAGCCCGUUUGAUAUAUUUAAUCAGUAUCAAAUGCUUCCUCUUAAUUAUUCACUUCACUUGUUAAGUAGCUACCUAAUUCAUUUCAAGAUUUUGACUCCAGAGCAAUCGGUUUACAAGAUGCUUAUGGUUCUCUGCCUGCCACAAUUGAGAUCAAAGUUGGAAAUCGUGAGGUUGCUCGCUCGGGAGACAAAUGAACUUGGGGAGGAAAUUUUUUGCUAUGCAAAGCAUGGAAGGCUUGUGGAGCUGGCUGUUCUACUUUUGGUGGCUCGAGAGAAGGUUACUUCUGUUUCCUUGGCUACGAAAUCAUCUUUAUCUCAAAAUGAUCAUGAUUCUAGUUGUCUGGAUCAUUGCGUGACUCUUCGUGAGUUCAUCAUUUCUGAGCUUGCACAACUAAGUGCUCUUCAAGUGAAGCUGGAAAUUUGUUGUGAAGACGAUAAGUUAUCAAGUAGCUGCAAGGAAAAGCAGAAUUUGAUGGUGUCUGCCCUACUAUUGCUUGAAAUUUUUGAGAGGGCUGGCAAAACCAUUGAGAGUUAUCUUCAAAACCAGACGCCACAAGAACAAGUAGCCCGAGCACUUCAAGAAGCGGGCUUUUGUUUGGAUGACAAGGACACUGAUAUGCACCACGUUGAAAGUUUUUCAUGGCCAAGUUUACUGGAUUUCGGUCAAGUCUGGAUUGCUAGAAAGAAUGCAGAAAAAAGCUAUCAAUUGGGAUCUUCUUUAAACAUCAGCAGUUAUGCAAAGUGGAGAAAGAAUCCAGUCUUCCAAUCACAACGAUGCAAUGGAAUGAAGUAUAACGAGAUUGACUUCAAGCCCGAUGCAUCACUGGACAAAGAUCUAAAAUUAUUAUGCCAAAAUAUCUGUUUAAGGGAUUGGACUUCUGAAAAACCAGUCACCUCAUUGCUUUACGCACUUGGUUCAAUGGACUCGAGAAAAUUACUAGAGACAAUCAAGUCACACUUGGACAAAACUGAGGAGAUUGGGGAGUUGGUUUGCUAUUAUGCCAGAGAAGGAGGAGUGGUUAAGGUGGCUGCUCUGUUGAUGGUGGCCUGGAAAAAGCUGAUGGCCGUGGACUCAUUUGACAGUAAACAUGGUGCUAGUGUCGGUAGAAGUAAGAUUCGCCAAUUUUUAAUGAGCGAGAUUGAGAGGCUGAUUGACAAAGAGAUGCAACAAUUGGGAAAAUCGACAAAGAUACAUAUGGAUAAGCGAAACAUGACAUCGAACAACAUGUCUACAGAUAAGCCAAAUAUGAUGUCUGCAUUGCAGUUGCUUGAAAUUUUUGAGAGGGCUGGUGAUGGUCUUGAUCAAUUCAUUCAGCGGAGACAAUGCAGUGAGAUGACAAAAGAAGAUUCUGCAGAGAUCGCAUGUUUGCUUUCAGGUCUUGUCUGCACCUCAAAUCCGAAAGGCACCUCGAAAUGUGAUCAAUGGAGUUGCAUUAGGUGCUCAGAGUAUGAAUUAGAUGAAGGAGAAUCACCAUCAGAUUUCAUUUCUUAUUAUUCAUACAAUCGCGUCACAGAUGUGGAGCGUCAAAUCGCAUAUGCGUUUAAGGGAAUACCAUCCUCUCCAUAUUGUUGUGGGAGGCGGCCCUUCCAUACAUUUUCGAUUUCGGGAUGCAGCUUUGCUGUCAAGCCAUCCUUCCACAUGAAAACCCAAGUAAAUCAAUCCUCGCAAAGACUGGAGGCGAGGGUGUUAAAUUUUUCACCCUCCAGGAAGUGGGCAUCUAUGGGACUAUCACUCAGCAGGGCAUUGAAACGUGUUUGACUUACCUAGAUGUCACUGAUAAGGUUUUGCUUUUGCCGGUGUUUUUUGGGAAAACUUUGGCCCUGAGUGAUGGCAAAACUUAUCUAAGAUCUGACUGCCUUCAUAAGUUAUCUCUAGUGUGACUCGGUGUCUGUGUAGGUUUGAAUUAUGUGUGUCUAAUUCCAAGCAAACAGAGACGAAAACUUACCAAUUUUUAACCUGUUACUAUUUUUGGUGUCAUGGGAUGUUUGUAUGCAUUUGAACUGGAAAUCCUAAUAUAUUUAUUGAUUAUACGCAGCUGUCAAAAAGCCUGCAAUUUUCCUGUCAUAGCAGGAGCACCUGUUGUCAUCGGUGUCUUUCUCUGCCAUUUAUCUAUCAAUUGUUUCGGAAAGGAGCUAUUCUUCAAGAUACAUGCAUUUAAAGUUAAUACUUAGUUCAUGUGUUCAUAUCCACAGCAGUUUUUUUUCGCAUCCCAAUUCUAGCUGAAACAUAUCCCGAGUGUGAAUGCUAGUUUUCCAAUAUGGAAAGGAGGAAGAAGCAUUUAAAUUUUAAAUCUGUAUGCUCUAUUAACUGCUCAGCAAAUCUGUACAAACAGCCUUUGAAUCAUCGGUCAUUUGGAUGGAGACCUCUUCUCU